UGAGCCUACACACAAAAGCUUUCACGUUCUUGAAUAGACCUCUGAAGUUCGCCUACAAAAAGGAUCCAAAGCUACCAUCUUUGCCCAUAUUAGGAGAUCCCGGAGUUAAUUGAAGCUAACUGCCUAUGUCAAGUUGCAUGGUAAGUUAGCUCUGGGGUAGCAAAGAUCAGAGUGUGCCGUCUUCACCUACCGAAGAUCACAGUACCCACUGGACGGCAGUAGACAAAACUGUGUAGUGAAAAACGUCUGCAUUUCCAAUGUCAUCAUCCCCGUGAGAGUUUAACAGGUGCGAUAAUUGAAAAUCCCCAUGUCAUUUUCCCAUAGAAAAAAUAUCAAGAUACCAGAUCUCCUUAUUUGGGCAAAGAUGGUGGCUUUUUUUGUAGGCGAACUUCAGAGGUCUAUAAUUUUUUCUUUCUAAUCAUUAAUGGACCCUGUGGAUCAUGAUGCGCAAUGGAAUAGUAACUAUUGUAGCCUAUGUGAUACGAGAUUGCGAAGGCUCACCAUACCUUAUCAUCGUACGUUAGGCUACUACUGCAUCACCAUUCAAUAAGGUCUUAGCAGUCAAUACAUUGGCGUAACUUUAUACCAUUCACAUUCCACGUACGCCACAAGCGAGGCCCUAUCGCAAAGAUUAUCUUGCCAAUGACGCACUUACAUAUUUGCCACAUAAAAUAUUUCUGGUUAUCUCUGUCUGUGCUGUUGACAAUUAUGACAUGGAGUCACUUGUCAUAUUACCGACCCUUGCAUCUAAGGACUCAUUCACACAUCGAGGGAGAAUCAAUUGCAGUAAAAGUUACACGACUGUCGCCGAGUCGGCGUCUCUUGGUUGUGGACAAUCUUAACAGAUCCCGCUCAAUUUCUAGAGUCUCUUGGGCAGCCGGGAGCCAUUGUGAGUACAAUGUGCCCACAGAACGACGUUUCGACUGUGCUCGGGGCCGAGCUUUAAGUAGGGCCGAGUGUGAGGACAGAGGCUGCUGUUAUGUGCCUCUCCGUGCAGACCUGUCUGGUGGACCUCCGUGGUGUUUCUAUCCCCCUUCUUACCCUGGCUACAAGAUGGGCUCCUUUGUCCCAACCUCGAAGGGCAGAGCCGCACACUUGACCCGCUCCAAACCCUCCUACCUCCCCAGAGACAUCCCAACUCUUCAGCUGGAAGUGGCAGGAGAAACAGCCGGUCGAUUGCAUCUCACUCUAAGGGACCCCUCUUCUCCUCGGUAUGAAGUUCCUUUGUCCCCUCCACCUCCUGAACCACCCUCUGGAAUUCAGAACCCAUUGUAUGCCAUAGAGUUCCACUCUGAGCCUUUUGGAUUUGUAGUGUAUCGUAAAUCCAAUGGACGAGUUCUUCUGAACACCACGGUUGCGCCGCUCCUCUUCGCUGACCAGUACUUGCAGAUGUCCACCUCCCUGCCCUCCCACCUCAUCUCUGGGCUUGGGGAGCACUACUCCCCCCUCACGCUUGACCUCAACUGGACCUCAGUCACCCUGUGGAACAGAGACAUGGCUCCGCAUAGCGAUGCCAAUCUGUAUGGUUCCCACCCUUUUUACCUGGUCCAGGAGUGUGAUGGUCUGGCCCAUGGAGUUUUUCUACUCAACAGCAAUGCCAUGGAGGUGGUACUGCAGCCCAUGCCUGCGCUCACAUGGGUGUCAGUUGGAGGAAUUCUGGACUUUUACAUAUUUCUUGGGCCAGACCCACAGAGUGUGGUCCGCCAGUACCAGGAAGUUAUCGGCUAUCCCAUGAUGCCUCCCUACUGGGCGCUGGGAUUUCAUCUGUGCCGCUGGGGCUACCGCUCCACCAACGAGACACGAUCCAUAGCGCGGCGAAUGCGUGAGGCCAAGUUCCCACUGGAUGUGCAGUGGAAUGACCUGGAUUAUGCAGACAAGCGCCGGGUCUUCACCUUUGACCCAGUGAGGUUUGGAGACCUGCCAGAGAUGGUGCAGGAGUUCCAUCAGGAAGGCAUGAGAUAUGUCCUCAUUCUGGAUCCAGGGAUUAGCAGCACAAGCCAGCCAGAAUCUUACUGGCCGUACGAUGAAGGCUUGCGCCGGGGGGUCUUCAUCAGGAACGCCACAGGACAAACGCUCAUUGGGAAGGUCUGGCCUGGUCCAACUGCUUUCCCUGACUUCACCAACCCAGAGACUGUGCGAUGGUGGGAGGAAUGCAUCCGAGACUUCCAUGCCAAAGUGCCUGUAGAUGGCUUGUGGAUUGACAUGAACGAACCAGCGAGUUUUAUCCAUGGCUCUGUGGAUGGGUGUCCAGACACUGAUUUAGAAAAGCCACCAUACAUCCCAAAUAUGAUAGGCGGUCAGCUUAAUUUUGGCACCCUGUGCAUGUCUGGCCAGCAGAAUUUGUCCACCCAUUACAACCUGCACAACCUGUAUGGUCUCACUGAGGCCAUGGCCACCUACAGUGCCCUCCUGAAGGUCAGGAGGUCGCGACCCUUUGUGCUGUCCCGCUCGUCCUUCCCUGGGUUGGGCCGUUUCUCUGGACACUGGACAGGAGACGUCAGGAGUGACUGGGAGCAGCUGCGUUACUCUGUCCCUGCUGUGCUGCUCUUUGGCAUGUUCGGGGUACCACUGGUGGGAGCGGAUGUGUGUGGCUUCGGAGGGAACACCAACGAGGAGCUGUGUGUGCGGUGGAUGCAGCUCGGGGCCUUCUAUCCUUUCAUGAGGAAUCACAACGACAGGCAUAAUGCACCUCAAGAGCCGUUUGUGUUCGGUCAGGAGGCGCAGGCAGCCAUGCGGAGCGCCCUGUUGCUCAGGUACUCCCUGUUGCCGCUGCUCUACACGCUCUUCCACCGGGCACACGCCUCCGCAGACACCGUCGCCCGACCGCUGUUCUUCGAGUUUCCCACUGAUAUCAACAGCCGGACCAUUGACCGUCAGUUCCUGUGGGGGAGUUCUCUUCUCAUCAGUCCCGUUCUAGAACAGGGGGCUGUGGGGAUAUCUGCCUACCUCCCACCUGGGACAUGGUACUGCCUGCAUGAUGGUCAGCCCUAUUGGAGUAAGGGCCAGCACGUUCCACUCUCAGCACCUCUCAACGUGAUCAAUGUCCAUGUGAGAGAGGGCUACAUCAUUCCUCAGCAGGAGCCUGCCCUGACCACCACCGCAGCACGUAGUAACCCUUUCCACCUGACUGUGGCGCUGUCUGCUGAGGGCUUGGCCAGGGGCGAGCUGUACUGGGAUGAUGGUGACAGCUUGGACACGUACGAGAGGGGAGACUACUCCCAUAUCCUCUUCAUGGCAGGAGAGUCUCAGUUGGUGAGUGAUCCUUUAAGGACGAAUGGGGCCCUGGACGGCCUUAUCCUGGGUCAAGUGCGGGUGUUCGGAGUGCCCUCUUCCCCCAACACUGUGAAGGCCAACGGGGAAAUCGUGACGGAUUUCACAUACAACUCUGACACCAUGAGCCUGACAGUGCGGUCCUUAUCUCUGCCCAUGACUGAGGAGUUCACUCUGCAGUGGAUGCUGUGAUAUAAUGGACCCUUUUGUCUAAUGGACUCCGUGCUCCUGCCCUCAAUCUCAAUGGACUCUGUGAUCAGACACGUUCGGAAUGGAAUGUGUGUAACAGCACUGUGAUUUCAUACCAUUUGUGGGGCUAUUUUUAACUUGAAGUGUAUCUCACGUUCCGCACUACAGUAAAUACACAGUAAGGCAGGUAUUCAGGUGUGGCUGCAUGGGCUGCGUUACAGCUGUGCUGCCUGCUCCCCUGCAGCAAGGUCAACAUCAUGCCUCGUUUAUAUGAAAUGCUGAUAAAGCUUUUAAUGAGGUUGUCAUUGACCUCUUGUAAACUAUGGACAUUUUCGCUGGUCAGACACGGUCCAUUGCAGGGUGAGGCACUGUGCUCUGUGGAAAAUCUGUUUGAGCCUCAGUAUGCCAAAAGACUGCAAA